CCAGUCUUGUGAAGCAUGCAGUGUAGGACGAUAUUGGAAUUUGUGCUGCUUGAGAUAUACUUGAUCUGGGAUCGAAGCUGUCGACAUCAACGAAUGAGAGCUUUACGGUAUACCAACCUGGCUGACGAGAGCUUUUGACAGGCCACGCUUUUCAUCGCUGCUCAGCUUAGAGUAGGAACAUUUUGGCUCAACAUUGACAUGAUGAGAACAUACAAAUGGAUUAGCUGGGAUGUUAGGCCAACAAGAGUAACCAAUGUCUUUUGCGACCCAUUUUCCCAGACUUACACGUUGAUGGACACACCUGGUUGGUUGUUUGAUUGAUUCCUACGGACACAUACCCAGUGUGCAAAUGAGCCUGUGUGAAGCAGUGGAACAAAGCAGUGGCGAUUUUUCAAUUAGAAGCAACAGCUAUGUGCGAAUCCCGGUUGGGUUCAGGUUCCAUCCAACAGACGAGGAGCUGGUGGGACAUUAUCUUUAUGGCAAAGUGGGUAGAGCGCGGAGUGAUCAGCUGAUUCAGGAGUUGGACCUCAACAAGGGUAUGCAGGAUCGGGGACGUCACCACCGAAGACCAGAGUGACUGGUACUUCUUCAGCCACAAGGAUAAGAAAUAUCCUUGCGGGAACCGUGCAAAUCGAGCCACCGCCGGCGGAUUUUGGAAGGCCACUGGGCGGAACAAGCCCAUCCACUUGCAACGCAACAUGAUCGGUAUGCGCAAAACGCUUGUCUUCUAAUGGCCAGAAAACAGAUUGGAUAAUGCACGAAUUUCGUCCAGAUGGAGCACCCGGUGUCGUCCCCAAUUAUGAAGACGAAGAAUAUUAAUGCCAAUAGCCUGGACACAUAUUGCUCGUUUAAGGAAUGCCAGCAAGUUGAGAUCGGCAUGCUGCAACCGGAGGUUGUGAGUCUCCGAAAGCAAGAGAUAUACCUCGACAGAGAAGUAGGCUCCAUCAGCAUCACCUCACAGCUUCACCACCCCUUCAAUUUUACUUGCAAACUGGAGAUUAAUGUGGAAGACGACAACACAACCGUCCACAACUCCUUCAAGUCGAACCUUCACCACCUACACAGGCCACACGAAGCUGGAAAAGACCACUCUCCGGCACCAAGCUCCUCAACCACGUUAUGGAACCUACCUCAGGGAUCCCGAAUCAAUGCACAAAAUGGUGGAACUUACUCCAGUGUUCCGGGGUUUCUUGGAUGCGACUCAUCCCCUACGGACCUCCACGAUGUCGGAUCUAGCGUCGCUCGGGAUAGGUCAUUGUGCAGCUUACACAUUCCAUGUCAUGUUGCAGAGCAAAGAUUAUUGGACGUUUGAGAGCGCCAGGCUGGCCCUACAAUGAGACCAGACAUUAGCAGACGUGACGUGCCAUGUGCACAUGCAGAGGUCGACAGCGGACUGUUUGUUGGCGUCUUACCAAGAAACUAAGGUCGAUGUCUGGAAUUACGGUAGAAACUCACACAAUGUGCAAUCGAUCAACGUAUACGUAUUGAAUUGGACCUCAUGCCUCAAAGGACACAUAGAUCAGCACCAACCUCACAGAUGUUACUCUGGAGAGACAAUCUGGCCAAAAAUGAUUCAGGGAGAUCCAGCCGCAGUCAGGAGAAGGAAGCCAAUCUCUCGGCAUGCAACAAAACGCAGCCACAUUCAGAUCACAACUAGUUCUAAUGCUGCAAUAUUCGCCCUCGUCAACCGAAGAUACCCCAUGAGGUGCCGCACUUCGAUCGUCGCCGUGGAAACAGCGAUAACACAAGAGCGGAUCAGGGGCACAUACCAUUCACACCAUAACGGGGUCUAACUACGCAGCUCGCGAAUUGCAGUGCAGAACGAUGCGCGGGCCCAGGUCAUCGCACCCUAAGUUCGGUACCACGAUCCAAGUCCACACGACCGAUAUCAGAUCGAGCGGCGUCUUCGAGGCGUCAGUGAAGCACACCGACACCGGAGCGAUGUGUUGCACUACAUGUUGAAUGAAGUCGUUCAUUCAACUUUCUUCAUCCGAAAAAAUCUAAAUUGAUCACAUGCUCAGUGUCUGUAGAUAAAUCAACAUAGACCUCCAAACAGAUUAGUCUUUUGCUUAAGCUAUCACUGAAUGCGUAGAGGUGAAUGAAAUUGUUCGUAGCAUCUUAAAUACAGAUUGAGUAAAGUGACUCAAAGUACACUUGUACAGAUUGUACUUGA